AUGCCUGAAUUGACGACGGGCGCUUCAGCCAAAUCGUCUUUCAUCAGUUUAUUUAAAACUAUCGUGGGCGCAGGACUCAUGUCCAUGCCCUACGCAUUUUCUACCGAUGGUGUGGUUUUCGGAGUGUUCAUUAUCGCAUUGGCUGCUGUCACCUCUGGCUUUGGAUUAUUCUUGCAAGUCUAUGUGUCCAAGUAUGUUCCUGCUGGCCAUGCUACAUUCUUCAACGUGUGCUCCAUCACGUAUCCAACGUUGUCCGUUGCUUUUGAUGUGGCUAUUGCAACUCAGUGUUUUGGUUGUGCAAUAUCGUACUUGGUGUUGAUUGGUGAUCUUAUGCCAUCCAUUGUCACCACCUUGUCGUUUGUGGCUGUGGAACACCAUAGAACUUUCUGGAUUCUUGUCUCGACGGUGUUCUGUGUGCCAUUGUCCUUCUCGCACAAUUUGGACUCAUUGAAGUAUAGCUCCAUUCUUGGUUUGGUGGCCAUUGGCUACAUGGCCUUAUUGGUCAUUAUUCAUUACAUCGCGGGAGAUAUCCCUGAAGAGUUGAAAGGCGAUUUGAUCCUUUUCCCAUUGUCCGCAAAGAAUGUGUUUUCCACAUUCUCCAUCAUUGUUUUCGCUUUCACUGGCCAUCAAAACAUGUUCUCCAUCAUCAACGAAGCCACAGACAAGUCCUUGAGUUCGUUAUCUUAUCUUGUCAACAUCACCAUUGGAGUUACUGCCAUCCUCUUCGUUUUGGUUGGAUUGGCUGGCUAUUUGACGUUUGGAAGCUUGGUAAAUGGAAAUGUCAUCUUGCUGUAUCCGCCAGCAUUCUCCACUAGUUUGGGCAAACUUUGUAUUGUGUUCAUGGUGGUGUUCUCUUUCCCACUCAUGAUUCACCCAGCAAGAAUCUCCAUCAACAACAUCUACUAUUGGGUCUUGGUCAAUGUUUUCAACAAACACCCUCCAGAGAUCGAUGUAGGUAGUGAGUCCACCAGCUUGUUGACUGAGCAGCAGCAGGCAAACCAAGAGUCUCUCGCUCCUCAGAAGUCCAAGGCCUAUAUUGUUCCUUUACCAGAGACGGCAUUCUAUAUCAUAACUAGUGUGCUUCUACUUGUGGGCUACACAGCCGCAAUCACUAUCAAGUCCUUUGCAUUAGUUUUAGCAGUGGUGGGAGCAACUGGAUCUACGUCGAUUUCUUUCAUUCUCCCAGGGUUGUUUGGCUACAAAUUGAUCGGGUCUGAGUCAGAUGAUCCAAGUAAGCUCGAACAGAUCAUGAAAUCAAUGGGCCUUUUGUUAGCUAUAUGGGGUGUAUUUGUGAUGGUGGUGUGUCUCUACUCCAGUUUGGCAUUCUAG